GCUCCUACACCUGGUAGCGCACCUGUUGACCUUGGGAGACCAGAUCCCUCUUCUCCUCCUCUUCUCCUCCUCUUCUCCUUUCAACUACUCUGCUCAUCUCCUCCUCCUCCUCUUCUCCUUUCAACUACUCUGAUCCUCUCCUCCUUUUCUCCCUAGAACAUCUCUCUCUUGCUCUGCAAGGCUUUCAUCGUACCUCAAGAGCAUCAGCUGCCGUCCCGCCUUCUGUCAAUAGUGUUGCAGUUGUACCCCUCGCAGCCUCAUCCUUGAAGGCCUUGUAACAGCGUGAAAGCAGCCUAUUCUUCAUUGCAGUUUUCUUCAGCACUAAAAUGGGUACUUGCUUUGGCAAAUGCUUCGGAAGCAAAUCCGGUAAGUUUCAGGGGCAUGGAGCGACAUCUGGAUACACUCAGUCGGAUGCAGAAGAUGGUCUUGGAGGAAGAGCACCUAAUACGUAUGCAACCCAACAAAACUAUGAUCAACCAGAUGCGGAUGAGAGAAGGAAGAACGCUCUAGCAGCGGCGGAAAGACGCGCAGCUGAAAGCAACAUGAGAGGAGUGCAAGGAAGCAAACAAACAUUGUCCCCUCAGAGGCCUGGCUCGUCUUCCGGCAGGAAAGAACUUAAUAUGAGCGACAAGGGAGCCUGGAAUUGAGUGGCUUGGUUGACUGGUGGAUCCCUGUUUCGUAUUCUUGUACGAUCUUCAAGGAUUGAAUUGAUUUUUUGGUAGAGCAGAUUGUAGAUUUUUCUUGAUGAUGUGCCUUUCAACCUUGGAAAUCUUUAAUGAUU